AUGGAUGAAAGUAUCAACCAAGAACUACCUAGGAAUAAUAAUGCUGAAAAUAAUUCUGCUUCGAAUGAACGUUCUCUUCCUCCCGCGAGUAACGAAAGUCAGUCACAAACUUCUAGUGUUCGGGGAAAAACUGAUCCUGCUUGGAGAUAUGUUGCUUUACAAAAUAUAAAUGGAAAAUCGCAUUACCAAUGCUUAUUUUGUCUGAGUUCUUUUGGGGGCGGAGGAAUUAAUAGAAUGAAAAAGCAUUUGGCGAAGAUAGGUGGAGACAUUAAGAAGUGUUCUAAAGUCCCGUAUGAUGUAGAAAAACAAAUGGAAGGUUUAUUGAAAGAGAUUCAGAAAAGUAAAACUAGUAAAAGGAAAGUAAGUUUCAACGAAGAGGGUACCGAUGAGUGUAAGGAUGCAAUUGAUGAAGCAAUAGCGCAAGAAGAACAACAAACUCCGAGUCAGUUACCAACUAAGGAGGUUAUUGGAGGCGAUCCAAAAAAGAAAGCAAAAACCAUUAUUCCUCCUAUGUUUGCACCAAGAACAACUCCGGGAAGUCAACCAAGUCUGAAAAGCGUGUUUCAAAACAAAGAGGCGCUUCAUGAAGUUGAUAAGCGAGUGGCUAGAUGGCUUUUGGAUUGUAGGAUUCCUUUCAAUGCGGUUAUGUCACCUUUUUUUCAAGAUAUGUUGGAUGGUGUAGCUGGCUUUGGGCCUGGUUAUAAAGGUCCUUCUUACGACUCUUUGAGGGUUAAUUUAUUAGCCGAUCUCAAAAGGGAGUGUCAAAUGGUUGUUGAUAGUUAUAGGUCUACUUGGAAAGAAACUAGAUGUACUCUCAUGGCUGAUGGUUGGACAGAUCAAAGGCAAAGAACGUUGAUUAAUUUUUUGGUUUAUUGUUCGAAAGGAUUGUGCUUUGUGAAAUCUGUAGAUGCCUCAAGUAUGGUUAAAAAUGCUUCUAGCUUGUGUGACUUGUUUUCAGAGGUGAUUGAAUGGAUUGGACCUGAUAAUGUUGUUCAUGUAGUGACCGAUAAUGCUGCGAAUUAUGUUGCUGCUGGUAGGCUUAUUAAUAAGAAAUUUGAAAAUAUUCACUGGUCACCUUGUGCUGCUCAUUGCUUGAAUCUUAUUCUAAAAGAUAUAAGCAGCAUGCCACAUAUUUCUAGCCUUGCAACACGUGCUUCGAAGAUUACCGUGUUUGUAUAUAAUCAUACGGUGUUCUUGUCCUGGCUAAGACAAAAAGAGGAUUGGAGGGAGAUUGUUCGUCCAGGUGCAACUCGUUUUGCCACUGUCUUCCUCACAUUGAUGAGUAUCUUUGAGCGCAAAUCGGAAUUACAACAAUUGGUUGUUGAUACACACUUUACCGGACACAAAUUAGGAAGGAGUGCUAAUGGGAGAGCUGUGAGUGCAAUUAUCCUAGACAAUAAAUUUUGGGAUGAUUGUUUUACUGUAUGCCAAAUUGUGAGUCCGUUGAUUAAAUUGCUGAGGUUGGUAGAUGCCGAUGAUAAACCAUCAUUGGGAAUUGUUUAUGAAGGUAUGCUGAGGUCAGAAAAUGGAAUCAAAGAAAUGUUCAAGCAUAGGAAGAGUGCAUAUCAACCUUACACAGAGAUUAUCAACUCAAGAUGGGACAAACAUUUGAAAAAAAAUCUUCACGCAGCAGCCUAUUUCUUGAAUCCUGAUUGCUUUUUUUCUGAAAAUUAUAGAGAAUCACCUGAUGUCAUGCGAGCUUUACUUGAUCUUGUUACAUUGCAUUGCAAGGUUAAUAAUUUAGAUUCAGUUGAGGCAAUGAAAGAAAUACACAUAUAUAGAGAUCGAAAGGAAAGGUUCUAA